AUGAUUUCUCGCACCUACAUUCUCAUCAUCUUUGCUCUUUUGACACUAUUUGGGAAAAGCGAGUCCAGCAAGGACUGUAAAUGGGCUUUUGAGCGCGUUCCUAAUAACCCCGCAUAUUCGUACUGCAGUGAUCAUGUCUCCACAUAUAAAUAUCCAAGUGCGGACUGCAAACCCCAACUACAACCUAAUGGUGUCCCUAUAGCCUCAAAAUGUGAUUCCAAUCAGUUUCCUACUGGACCUUGUCCAACUUGGAGGGCGUCAGGAUACCACAAGACGAACAAAGUAGUUUCAUACAUGUGUGAUUUCUUGACCAAAAAAGGGGCCACCCCUGAUAAGGACCAGUACACCAAGAUUAAGUGUGAAAUUUUGACAAAUGUUGUUUAUUGUGAUGGUGACAAUGGAGUUAAGGUGGGGAGAGAUAUCCCCUCAUAG